UAAACUGCGAAUAACAUCUCAAAAACUAGCUGACAAUAUCAUGCAUUUCAAGGCAAUUUUGUUUCUCUUCUCGGUCGUCUGUCUUGGCCUUAUUCAGGCUCAGAAUCAGGAUUGCCAGACUCUAAGACGUGACUGUGACCGUUGCGUUCCACGUUUAAACGAUCCUGAAGAUCGUAAUAUUCCUGGCAUAAAUCGUUUGUGCCGCCAAAAGUUGCGUCGAACCUGGGUAUGGCGUAAUAUCAAUCGUUGUGAACUGACCGAAUACAGUUGCAGAGGAGCUGAUCGUCUGAUGAAUUGUGAAGUCAUAGCUGCCCUGGCUGGCAUGACUCGUCGACCAGAGUAAAAAAUAAAGGGCGAAUAUCGAGAAAAAAUAUUAAAAUGG